AUGGCAUUUAAAAGAGCUACAACUCCUUUUAUUACAAUGUAUGGUGAAAAACCUCUUAUUUCUCAUCAUCAUACACCAAGUUCUUCAGGAAAAAGAACAAUUUCCGAAAUAUCUGAUGAUAUAUUUUUGGUGAAGCCCGAUACAAGACCUUCGAGUUCAAAGCGCGAUUCUAGAAAAACCUAUAAAGAGAAAAUAUCUGAACACAUUAAGAGGAUUAAGGAAAGAACAUCUAUCACUUCGACUGAUCUUAGAAGGGGAAAAAUUCCAGUUGAUAGGAUUAGAGAAGAAAGCCAAAUAAUAGAUGCGGAAAUUGAGACAGUGAGGAAUAAAUUUGGUAGAGAAAGAGAGAGCUACAAGCCGAAUAAUGAAUUUUUUGAGUUUGUGAUGGAAACGAAAGAAGAUGAAGGAACUUCCGACGAAAUUGUUUCUUAUAGCUUACCAGAAAGUUUGGAAUUCACUGUGGAUUUAGCCGAAAGAGGAUGUUUCUUUAACACGCAUAGGUACAAAACUGUCGAUAAUAGCAAGAAAAUUGGAUCUACCGAACUAACAAUUGUGAAUGUAUUGAAUAUUCCACGAGGCAGCAAGAAUAUUUUAGAACAAAGAUUCAUAGCGGCUGAUGACAGGAGAUGGUUUUAUAACGACGGUAACUUGAUUCUUUUGGAACAACCCACAACAAAGUUCUCCCUUAGACCUUCCAGUUUCCAAACUAAUGAAUCUACUAUAACAGAUUAUUUUCCACCAAACUUGUAUGAUGAUAGUCUUGAAGAAAUCGUUGUAAUGAAAGAAAAUAUCCUAGAAAUAUAUUUCUCGCAUUUGAAAUUUCUACAUCAUCCACUUUUUAGCUUAGAAAAUAUUUUUGUGGAACUUCUAAAUUCAGCUUACGAAGAAUAUAUUGCUAUUCAAGAGAGAAAUGUAUUAACUGAUUUAAAAAAUGAUUUGGAGGAGCUAAGAAAGAAACGAAGUAAAAUAAAAAAUGAUGCUGAUUUGAAAAAGAUUGAUAGAGAUGUUAAAAAAAUUAGAAAUAAAUAUUUUACAGAGAGCAAAAAAUACAGACACGUUACUUUAACUAUGUUAGAAUCUUGGAGAAUUGUUAAGAAAAUCCGAGAAAUACAAACAUUCUCUAGUACAAGUAUGAAACUGAUGAUUGAAAAAGAACCGGUUCAAAUUGAGAAAGAAACCGAAGAGCAAAAUAAAAUGUACGAAGAAACUUUGAAAGAGCUGAAGAGGGAAUAUAGAAAUGAGUUAGAUGACGAGAAAGUGCAUGAAAGUACGGAAGAAAUAUAUGAAAAUUUCAGUCAGGGAAAUGAAACUAACGAUAAUGAGAGUAACAGUUCAACAGAAUUUUCUGAAAUUCAUGAAACAGAUGAUCGAAAGCUACGUAAAAAUCUGCGUAAGUUAUUUAGAAAUACUUUCAAGCCACCAGGAGAACCAAAAUUAAGAUUUUCCUUAAAUCGCAGUCAUCCUGUAACUGAAACUGUUGAUUAUAGUAGAGAAAUAGCGAGAAGAUCAGCAAUAUCUUCAACUAAAUUCUAUUUGAGAAUACUCUGCAAUAGCAUCGAAGCUUGUAAAACUAAAUUUCUGAACUUAACUGAAGAUUUCGAAUUAAUCAUUGACGAAACGUUUUUCUUGCAACUGAUAGAAAUUCCAAAAUAUUUGACAGUAGAAGUUUUCGCCCAACCCAAAUCAUUGUUGAAAAAGAAAGUAUGCGAAAUGAAUAUAUAUUUACCAGACUCAAAAAAUUCGGGAAAGAAUUUGAGGAAAAAUUUCGAGAAAAGUGAAAUUGUACACUAUAAACACGAAGGAGUUGGUAGCGGAAAGAAAUUGAGAAGCGUCGUAGAUAAAUUUGAUAUAAAAUUGAAAAAUAUUGAAAAUUUCGAGUUGAAAACUUGUGGAUAUUUAGAAUACAGUAUAGAAUGGGAGAAAGUUGAUAAACAAGAAACUGAUACAACUUUUUAUACCAAAAUGAAUAUAUUGGAUCAAGUAAUGGAUAAACAAUUCGUUAUCGAUUACAAAAAGGCAAUUGAAACAUUAGAUUCACUUGAGGAUGACUAUUUCGAAAGGAGUCAGACAAAUAAUUAUUUCAGAUUGUGUGCUUGCCAAAAUUCUCUGACAUUCUGCAAUAUUUCUGAGAUAGAAGAAAAUAUACGAUUGAAGGUUUUGAUGUUGAGAGACAAAAAAGAAAUUGAAUUCGACGGUUUAUUGGUACCGAAUAGGAUAAAAGAAUUUCCCGUGAACAUCUUAUCCCAAUAUAAUAAAAGGAAAGCCGCAGAAGAUAAAGAAAGUUUAUCCGAUGAAGUCGAUUCAGAUUUUAAGACUCAAUAUAAUUUCGGCAAGAAAUUUUUGAAGCAGGUCCAUAUCAAAGUCUUCCAAAUGUGCAAGAACACAGACAAUAAUUUGGAUUAUGAGAGUGUUAUAGACGAGAAGUUUUUCAUCUAUUUCCAUCUAAUAGUGAGAACGAUCAUUCGAAAUAUCCUGAACUGGUUACGUUGGAAACCCAAAAUAAGCAAACCUUUACCUGUUUUACAAAAUUCUGAAUACGAUGAACCACAACAAAUAAACAAAAGCAAUCUGAAUAUUAAUAUUAUUGUUGUAUGUGCUAAAAAUCUACCACGGAGAAGAGACUCAACUUUUAACGCGAACCACUCUACUAACAACGAAUUGAGUCCUUAUGUUGAGGUCAAUUAUAAAAAUUUAGCUACAAGAACCAGUUGCAGUAGAGGUAUCCACGCUAGCUGGAAUGAAAUGUUGACUAUACCUUUAGAAUCGAACCACUCCGAUUAUUUGAGCCCAAAUUCAUUAGACGGGGUUGUAAAUAUCAAUAUUUUCGAUGAAAGCGAUACAGACGUGAUAAAACUGAACAAAAGGUGUAGAAAUUGGCUUGGUGGUAUUGACAUAUUAUUGUCUGCGAUUUGUACAUCAGAAAAUAUGAAUGGUUUUUUCCCAUUAAAAAUACCAUACUUGUUAUUAGAUUACGAACAUGAAGAUAAACAACAGAACAAAUCUUCAAAAAUGUCGAAUUACCAAAUUGGAUCGAGUUAUUUAUAUAUGGAAAUUUCUGUACACCCGAAUGUUCCCAAAUUAUCUCCAAAUAUGAGUGAACUACCUUCCGGCGAUAUACCAUUUAUUCAAGAACAUAUUUUGACAUGGAAUCGGAACUAUAAUACCAACUACCCUCAUAGAAAAUUCAAUGCCUUAGUAUUAGAUACCAAUGGUAAGACAACCUGUGUUACAAGAUUCAUUAAACCUCUAGAACCACCACCAAUAAAUACAGAAGAAUUUGAUGUAACAGCCGAACAAUGUAUUAGAUACAUUUCCUUGAUACCUUUCACCGAAUGCAGUCAUUUUUAUAACAACAUUUGGUUGACACCAGAUCAAUUAAUAAAGUUGAUGCUUGGUACAAUAACGGACCAUGCCAUAACUUUGACAUGUUACUUAUUGGCUCUAAAAAUCGAAGCGUGGUUACUUCUGGGUUAUGGUAUACCUCACGGUAGUACUGCAUAUGUAUUAAUUCGAGAUCAUCCUGGAGAUAAUCCUCUACCUAUACAUUAUAUCAUAGACGUUGCCUCAAAUGAGAAAUAUGAUUUACAAGAUGAACAUUGUCCAUUACAGAAAAUAUUUUGUGUUAUAGACGGAACAAAUGUUUGGGCUAAUACUCAAACUACUAACAAUGUAGCUUUGACUAAAUUUGAUUUCCAUCAAAACUCUGAUUGGCUACCGAUGUUUGAUAAUAAUAUAAGUGCCCCCAAUAAUUCCAUGGCGAAAAAAAUCAUUUACAAGAUAAAAGAAGAUGAUGAAGUAGUUGAGAUACUUCUUGAAAAAUAUCUUAAGCGGAAAUUUUCUAAAGUCAGGCAACUUGACAAAACUAUUUGGAAUGGUGGAUUAUCGAAUGUAUUGACUAACGUUUUAAAAACUUUUGAAAUGAACUGUAUGUAUAAUAAAAAUCACCAAGAAACAAUUCGUGAGCUCAAUGAAGAGAUAUCACAAUAUAAGGUAUCUGGACUUGCCAUGAAUGUACCUUUCAAACAUAUCUCCGAACUUGCGAAGAAGAUCAAGAAAAUCGGUAUCCACAUACAGCAAGAAACAGACGUUGAAUUUGCUCUGGGUGUUUAUGUGCAUUCGUAUCCGGGUCGUUUGUUUUCAGUUUGGAUAUUCUUAGUCAGCGUUAAAAAUUCCGAUUAG